AUCUUACAUCAUUACAUCUUAACUCUUAAGUGCGUAAUCCCCCUAAUUCGCGAAACACCAAACCCCCAAAACCAGAAACCCUAACUUCCAAAAACCCGCUUCUUCUACCGAAGAAGUGAGAGAAAGAGCGAGAAAUGGAUGCGAUUCGGAAGCAACUCGAUGUGUUAAUGGGAGCAAAUCGAAAUGGAGAUGUUCGAGAAGUUAAUCGCAAGUACUUCGAUCGAGAUGUUUGCCGCUUAUUCUUGUCUGGUCUUUGCCCUCACGAGCUUUUCCAGUUAACGAAAAUGGAUAUGGGGCCUUGUCCAAAGGUGCAUUCUUUGCAAUUACGGAAAGAAUAUGAAGAAGCAAAGGCCAAGGGUGUUGACAACUAUGACAGGGAUUUGGAGGAUGUCAUAGACAGGCUUAUUGUUGAAUGUGACAGAAAAAUUACUAGAGCUCUCAAGCGUCUCGCAGACGAGGAUGCUAAAGCAGCUAUAGCAAUUUCUGUGUCUGAGGUGACUCAGACAGAAGAGAUCUUGGAAUUGUCAAAGGUGAUCAAAGAGAAGUUGAAAGAGGCUGAUCAGUCUGAUCUCGAAGGAAAAACAGAUGUUAAAAUCCGGGCUUUGGAAGAAGUUGAAGAAAUGAGAACAAAAAGAGCUGAUAAACAGUCUAUGCUUCUUUUGGACGCUUUCAACAGAGACAGGGCCUCUCUACCACAGCCACUUCCCAAUCCUCCUCCAUUGGCCCCCUUACCUAUGCUUGCCCCUGAUGCUCGUACUCAAGAAUUGAUAAAUGAGAAGCUGAAGAAAGCGGAGGAUCUUGGUGAGCAAGGAAUGGUUGACGAAGCACAAAAAGCGUUAGAGGAAGCAGAAGCACUGAAGAAGCUUGCACCAAGGCAGGAGCCUGUUGCAGAUUCGGGGAAGUAUACUGCAGCAGAUGUUCGCAUUACUGAUCAGAAGCUGCGUGUCUGUGACAUAUGUGGAGCAUUCUUGAGUGUUUAUGACAGUGACCGUCGUUUAGCAGAUCAUUUUGGGGGAAAACUACAUUUGGGCUACAUGCAAAUUCGAGAAAAAUUGGCUGAGCUUCAGGAAGAAAGAAACAAGAAGCGAAAGGUACAUGAAGAAGAUAGAAGAUCCAGAGAGCGCAGCCGAGAAGCUGAGCGUGCAUCCAGUAAGGACAGGGAUAGAGGUGAUAGUCGUGAACAAAGGGAUCCUGAUCGCAGAAGCAGGGACCAUGAUAGGUACAAUGACAGGGAUCGUGGCUAUGACCGUGAUCGUGAAAGAGAGAGGGAGCGUUCACGCAGCCAUGAUUCAAGAAGUCGCCGAAGGUCCCGUUCACGGUCCAAAGAGCGCUCCAGGGAUUAUGGUCGUGAUUAUGAUCGUAGCAGCAGACGUUAUGAUCGAGAUCGAUACUAGAGUUGCACGUGCUGUAUUUUCAGCAUGAACGAGGAUUCUAUUGUCGUGGUGGAGCUCUUUUUUUUUGCCUUGCAGGCAUUAUGUCUCUUGCUUCUGUGAGACGAGAAAUUCUAAAGUAUUUGGGUUAUAUGAGUUGGUCUCCUGCAGUUGGGUUGGUUUGUCGUACAAACAAGUAGAUGCUUUUGAUAGUUGGAGAAGAGUGAUCCUUUUUCUGUGUAACUGUGUAGGAUCUGUAUGAAUAGCAAGAUAUCGAUUACAUUGAGAUAAGAUGAUACUCAGUGUAGCCCUCUCUCUUUUUAACCUUGUUUCGGGUUUCACUGGCGCUCUUUGUUCAAAGAAAACUGACCUUGUGAUUUA